GUGCUGGGAGACUGGGAGACCUACAAGGACCAGAACGGCCGCCACUUCUACUACAACCGCUCCACCCAGGAGAGGACCUGGAAGCCCCCCCGAGCCAGAGAGCCGAGCACCGGGAGCUCCAGAGGAGAGAGCCUGAGCGCCGGAGAGAGCUCCGAGACCACUCCCCUCUCGCUCUCGCCGUCUUUCCUUCCCUUCCUGUCGCUCUCCAUCGGUCGGCUGCAGCCUCUGUCAUCGGAGGACUUCAGUACCUACUCUAGCCAAUCAGACAGUCAGUAUGGCUCGCCGCCGCGUGGUUGGUCGGAGGAGAUGGACGAGCACGGCCACACGCUGUAUGUCAGCGACCAUACCAACGAGAAGUGGUUAAAACACGUGGAUGAGCAGGGCCGACCGUAUUACUACAGUGCCGACGGGUCACGGUCAGAAUGGGAGCUGCCCAAGUUGAACCACUCCCUCCCCCUGCCUGGAGACGCUCCCAAGAGUCGGAGUCUGGACCGGAGAAGCGUCGAGCCCAUCGUCCUCACCAAGUGGAGACACAGCGCCUACGUCCAAGACCCCAACGACAAGCGGCUGAUAAAAACCCGGCGUUUCCGCUCAGGCUCUGCCCGCCAGCACCCGUACAAACACCAAGACGCUCCUCUGAGCCCAAAGCCCUCCACUCCAGACUCUGACUCCUGCCCUUCGUCUCCCAAGCCCCCCUCCUCUGUUAGUACUCACCCCUCACCUCCUCUCUUGACCCUGCUGGUAUCACAUGUUGCAGCUUAUUGCAGGGUUUCUGCACAGGUAUUGAAAACCUGGAACUCAAUAGAGAAAAGGCUUGUGUCCCAGGAUACAUGCAUUGUGAUAUGUGUUGCAGGGAAGAUGUACAGCAACAACUAAAUGACACUAAGCAAGUCAGUUUGAAUUUGAGCCUGUGUAGAUUCCCUGUUAAUAAGCAAGAAAGCUGCCGGCAUUACUAAACUAAUGGAUUACCGUAAUUUUCGGACU